AUGAAGGCAGCUAUCAAGUCAUACAAGUCGCAGAAUUGGGUAGAAAUUCUUCUUGUAGUUAUGAUGGGCUUGCACUCGGCAAUUAUUCAAGAUAUUGGUUAUUCUUCUGCUGAAAUGGUUUUUGGUACCAACCUCAGACUUUCUGGUGAGAUAUUUGAUAACGUCAACUCCAAAUAUUCAGACAAUUGGAUCGAUGAAUUUCAUAAUAAUAUGCAAAAUAUAAGACCAACUCCUGGAAUAAGACAUGGGAAGCAUACAAUUUUUGUACCCAUGGAUCUACUGAAAUGCUUACAUGUUUUUGUAAGAAAUGAUGCAGUUCGAAAACCUCUACAACCUCCCUACGAAGGCCCAUUUCAAGUAAUUUCGCGGAAUAGUAAGAUAUUCAAAAUUAGACGAGGCCAGGAUGAAAAGGUUGUAUCCAUCGACUGGCUCAAACCUGCCUAUCUCUUAAAUGAAUCAGAAUCAAUUCAAGUUCCGGAUACUUCAAGCAAUUCACAAGGAACGUCAACAAUGAAAUUACGAUCCGGAAAGAAAGUAUCAUUUGCUCCUGGAGUAUAA